AUGAAUUCAGUUAUUCAAUCCAAUAAAUUGAUCAAGACAAGAUCUGCAAGAAAGAAUAGUAGUAAUGUAAUAGAAAUUGCAGAAGAAGAAGGUGUGAAGAAGCUGGACCACAACGCAAAGGAGAGGAUUCGAAGAAUGAAGCUUAAUGCAUCUUACCUUGCUCUUCAAGCACUGCUUCCUGAUUCCAGAAGAUCUAAGAAGAAGUGGAGUGCACCUGCAAUAGUCGAUAGAGUGGUGACAUACAUUCCUGAGCUGGAGAAUGAGAUAGAAUCAUUGAGAGGCAAAAAGGAAAAUGUGCAGUUACAACGAGCCAAGGAGAGUAAAUUGAGUGCUAAAGAGCAAGACCCCACCAUUUCUUUGAACCAAGUUAAUCAACAAGAAGCAAUUUUUCAAGUUUGUUUGGAGAGACAAGAACAAGAAGAAUCACAACUCACCCGUUUUCUAGAAGGUCUUGAAAGUGAGGGUGUGAGCAUCAAGAGCGCUUCGGCUCUCGACGUUUCUGACACCAGAAUUUGCUUCCAUUUACACAUCCAGACAAACGAUACUGCUUCAGAAGCGGCCAAUUACUUUGAAGAACUACGGGACAAGCUUAUUUCUUGGUUGAGGUGA